AUGGUCCUUGCCACCUGAGUCAUUUAUUGUGGUGCUUGAAGCUACAAAUCCAAGUACCUGCAGCACAAGAAGUUAGAAGAUGAGCUCCCCAGAAGCCUGGACAUCUGCAGCAAGGGGACUCCGCAGACCACCGGCUUUGAAGUGAUGGUAGCAGGGAAGUUGUUUCACUCCAAGAAGGGAGGUGAUGGCUACACGGACAUGGAGAGUAAGUUUCCGAAGUUGGUGGGUGCGAUCAGAGCCACCUUGGCUCAAGGCUAAUGUGUCCUGAAGGCAGAGUCCAAUGACCUUGGUCCAGCGCCUCA